CGUCAUUGGUCAUUGGUUAGCGCAGAUGAUACCAGAUGAUACAAUCGUGCGAAAAUUUUUGGAUUAUUGACAAAUAUUAAUUAAAAUUUCGGCUGUGCAGACAAUAUGGAAACGUUGUAUCAUCAGACUAAUAAAUUAAUACAGGAAACCCAGCAUCUUUUCUCGCAACUGGAAAGAAAAUCGUCCAAUGCAGAUCUGCAGGAAGUGAAGGAGUCUAUAGCAAGCAAACUCAAUCUUAUCAACAGUAAUUGCGAGCGACUUGAUGUGCUAUGUCUCAAGGGACCUGUGUCGCAAAGACAGAAUGCCAGAAUGAGAGUUGAUCAGUUGAAAUACGACAGCCGUCAUCUCGCCGCUGCCUUAAAUUCAUUGUGCACCCAUAUGACACGGCAACAAAAAGAAAAGGCAGAAAGAGAGGCCUUGCUGGCCAGAAAGUUUACCAGCAACGAUCAUGUAGAUAUUUUAAUUGAUCACACUCUACAACAUAGUAAUAGUAUGCAUAAUGCCAUUCAUGGUAUAGAUGAUCUGUUACACCAGGGAAGUAGUGUCUUAGAUAAUUUAAAAUCUCAGAGAGUAACGUUAAAAGGAGCUCACAAACGUUUGAUAGAUGUUGGUAAUAUUUUAGGUCUUUCUAAUACUACUAUGAGGCUCAUAGAACAAAGAGCCAAACAAGAUGGAUUUAUUUUAGUUGCUGGUAUGACUUUCACAUGUAUAGUCAUCAUCUUAGUGAUAGUAUAUCUCACUUAGAUACAUUCCAAAGAGUAUUAAAUAAUA